CCCCUUCCCCCCCUCUCUCUGAAACUAACCCUCUGAAAUUCUUGAAAUUCCCCGCAAAUCCCUCUCUCUCUCUCUCUCUCUCUCUCAAAUGACAUUUCCUUCUCUCUCCUUCCCCUCCUUUUCUCCGCCAUUCUUCCCACUCUCCAAAAUCCAAUCCCCCUUCCUCUCCAAACCCCACCUCCUCUCGCUCUCCACCCUCCGCUUCAAUCUCCACCGUCCGAUCGCGCUACCCCCAUCCGCCAUCGGUCCCGAUGGCAAAUUCUACCCCACCCCCUCUGAUGAUGACCCUCCCGAAGCUCCCGAAGACUCCACCCAUGGCGUCUCCAAGUUCCAGCAGAUUCACCGCCAAGCCGCCCGUGCCCGGAAGCUCCAAGAAUCCCAGUUCGAGAAGGACAAGCCCACCUUCCUCUCCGCCCUCGCUGCCGAGACCGACGCCCCCGAUAACCCCAAUGCCGAUCCCCCUUCCGACGGCGACGAUCUCUUUGGUGACAUCGACCGUGCCAUUGCCCUCAAGCGCAAGGAAUUCGUCCGGCAGGGCCUCCUCCCACCCAACCCAAAGAAAUCGACGGGAGUCCCUGGUGCUGAACCCGGCCUUGAGGGGAUUGAGGAGCUCUUACCCGAGGAGGUCGUUGACCUCGAUGAGAUCCGCGACCUGCAGGGCCUGACAGUGAUCUCAGAUGAUACGGAUGAGGAGAGCUCACCAAAGUUCGCUGACGAGGUGAGUGUCUCGGACUUGAAUUACCGUGAUUCUUCAUUUGAUCUUGAUUUCGAUAGUUUCGGUAAAACCAAGGCUAGGAUUGUGGAACCCAAGUUCAAGAUGACACUGGCAGAACUCUUGGAUGAGAGCCGCGUCGUGCCGGUUUCAGUUUACGGGAAUCUGGAGGUCCUGAUCACAGGUAUCCAGCAUGAUUCUAGGGAGGUGGGGCCUGGGGAUCUGUUCGUGUGCUGUGUCGGGAUGCGCACUGACGGGCACUUGUAUUUGAGUGAGGCUGAUAAGAGGGGGGCGGUUGCCGUUGUGGCCAGCAAGGAGAUCGAUAUUGAUGAGACAUUGGGGUGUAAGGCUUUGGUCAUUGUGGAGGACACGAAUGCAGUGCUCCCCGCGUUGGCGGCGUCCUUUUACCGGUACCCAUCAAAGAGCAUGUCCGUGAUUGGAAUCACGGGCACAAAUGGGAAGACAACCACUGCGUUCUUGAUAAAAGCCAUGUAUGAGGCGAUGGCAUUGCGGACCGGGAUGUUGAGCACCGUUGCUUACUACAUCCACGGUGAUAACCAGUUGGAGGCCCCGCACACAACCCCAGACGCUGUUAUGGUCCAGAAACUGAUGGCCAUGAUGGUCCACAACGGGACUGAGGCGAUCGUCAUGGAGGCGUCAUCGCACGCUCUGGCGCUGGGAAGGUGCGACGAGGUUGAUUUUGACAUCGCAGUGUUCACAAACCUAACGCGGGACCACCUAGAUUUCCACAAGUCUGAGGAGGAGUACCGAGCCUCCAAGGCGAAGCUAUUUUCGAGGAUGGUUGAUCCGGAGCGGCAUCGGAAGAUCGUGAACAUCGACGAUCCAAAUGCCCCAUUCUUUGCCGCACAGGGUGGACCGGAUGUGCCCGUUGUCACAUUCGCUAUGGAGAACAAGAGCGCGGACGUGUACCCGUUGAAGUUGGAACUGUCAUUGUUUGAGACACAGGUUUUGGUCAAUACACCGAAAGGGAUUUUGGAGAUAUCAUCGGGGUUGCUUGGGAGGCACAAUAUCUACAAUAUCCUUGCAGCUGUGGCUGUUGGGAUUGCAGUAGGGGCACCGUUGGAGGACAUUGUGAGGGGAAUCGAAGAGGUUGAUGGAGUUCCGGGUAGAUGUGAGUUGAUUGACGAGGAGCAAGCAUUUGGUGUGAUUGUAGACUACGCCCAUACACCUGAUGCAUUAUCUAGGCUCCUUGAUACAGUGAGGGAAUUGGGUCCACGGAGAAUCAUCACGGUAUUUGGUUGCGCCGGUGAAAGCGACAGAGGAAAGAGACCAUUGAUGACGAAAAUUGCAACCGACAAAAGUGACGUAACCAUGUUGACAUCAGACAAUCCAAAGUCAGAAGAUCCAUUGGACAUCUUGGACGACAUGCUGGCAGGUGUGGGAUUGACCAUGCAGGACUACUUGCGACAUGGUGAAAACGAUUACUACCCACCUCUUCCGAAUGGUCAUAGGCUUUUCCUACAUGAUAUCAGGCGAGUAGCUGUACGGGCUGCAGUGGCCAUGGGCGAGGAAGGUGAUAUAGUUGUUGUGGCUGGUAAAGGUCAUGAAACUUAUCAACUAGAAGGCAGCAAGAAGGAGUUCUUCGAUGAUAGGGAAGAGUGCCGAGAAGCGUUGCAAUAUGUUGAUGAGCUUCAUCAAGCUGGGAUAGACACAAGCGAAUUUCCAUGGCGGUUACCGGAGAGUCACUGAUCUGGAAAAAGCCUAAACUCUUAUCCUACAGCCAAUGGGGGGAUGACGGACCCUUUAUCAGGCCUGCAUUUUGGGCACUCAUAUCCCAUCCAUAAAAAAGAAUCUAUGUCAGAAACCAACCACGUCGCUAUGUGAUAGGAAGCAAUGGCUUAUACUAUUGACGGCGGGCCCUUUGGUAUAUGUAUGACGUCGGUUUUGCUCCAAAAGAAAGCCAUGGCUUCAUGUUAUGAGAGUGAGUGAGAGUGACAUGGAAGAAUAUGCUUCAAAGCCGGAAUUAUCUUUUGAAGAAAAGAGAGAAAAUCCGUAAGCAUGCGGCCGCGCUGUAAUUGUUUGUCUUAUAAAAUGCCUUUUUCAAAUGCUAGAUCGUAGCCAUUUCAAUGAUCA